ACGAUCAUUAGUGGCAUAAUUAAUUAAACAACACAGGUAAUGGAGACAUUUCAGCAGACGGUGACAAAUAUGUCUCAGCGUUCUCAUAGCGACCCGCUAAAAAAUAAUACAGGGAUAUCAUUUAUUUCCCGAGUCUUUUGUCAGUGUAAGAUUUGUUUUUUUAAGACAUUAUCUCAGACGGUCGCACACAGCUUACCUGCCGUCUCCACACAACUCAACCCGGGGACAGUGAAUAUGUACCACUUUAAGCUGUAUCCCGCAUCUGCACUCUCGAAUGGAAUGUUCCACUUACGUCGUUCCGCGUGACUGGGGGAGCGAUUUUGGCACUACCUAUUAAUAGAGUGGGAUACCCCAGUCUGAGAGAUAAGUGUUCGCCCAGUCUGUGAAACUGAUUAGUUUGCGAAAAAUGGCGACGAGGAGAGCGUACCUCCUCAUAGUGCCAACAUUACUAUUUUACCUCAAAUUUUCAAAUGGAGAAGUUUUAUCGCCACCGUAUUUUAACCUGGCUCAGCAGAGGCAGAUCUAUGCAAGUUCCACGUGCGGGGUGGACGUUGUGGGGCCCGAGCUCUACUGUCGACUGACAGGGGCUAGUUCAGAGAAUGGAUUUGCCGACCCAGAGCGAGAAAUCAUCCAAGGACAGUACUGUGAUGUGUGCGAACCCAGCCUCCCCGAGAAGCGGCACCCUCCCCAGUACGCUAUAGAUGGCACGGAGCGCUGGUGGCAGAGUCCGCCCCUGUCCCGGGGGAUGGCCUACAACCAGGUCAACCUAACCAUUGAUCUAGGACAGGAAUUCCAUGUUGCAUAUGUCUUCAUCAAAAUGGCAAACACGCCCCGCCCUGGGGUGUGGGCCUUGGAGAGAUCUACGGACUUUGGUCUGUCAUGGAAACCGUGGCAGUACUUUGCGGACACCCCAAGUGACUGUAUGAAGUUCUUUGGGGUACAAGCUGACCGGGAUAUAUACGCUGAUGAUGCAGUCAUAUGUUCUACCGAGUUCUCUAAAAUUGUGCCUCUUGAAAAUGGAGAGAUUGUGGUUUCCCUGGUCAACAAUCGCCCAAGUGCUCAGAACUUUACAUAUGCCAGCAAGCUCCAGCAGUGGACCAAAGCCACCAAUGUCCGACUCAAGCUGCUCCGAACCAAGACGUUACUGGGUCACCUGAUGGCAGUCGCCCGACAGGACCCAACUGUCACCCGCAGGUACUUCUACAGUAUUAAGGAUAUUUCCAUUGGAGGCCGAUGCGUGUGUAAUGGCCACGCCAACACGUGCGACAGAAGCGACUCCAAUAACCCUAACCUUCUGGUCUGCUCAUGUAAACAUAACACAUGCGGCAGCCAAUGCGAGACUUGCUGUCCAGGAUUUGUCCAGAAGAAAUGGAAGCAGGCAAGGGCAGACAAAAUCUUCAUGUGUGAACCCUGUGAAUGUUAUGGCCAUGCCACCGAGUGUCUCUACGACGAGGAAGUGGAUCGACUCACACUCAGUGUGGAUAUGUAUGGGAAUUACCAGGGAGGCGGAGUCUGUCAAAACUGUCAGCACAAUACGUACGGUAUUAACUGUGAUCAGUGUGCGGCUGGUUACUACAGACCCUACGGAGUCCUGAAGAAUGACACAAACGCAUGUAGACCCUGUGAGUGUGACCUGAACGUUUCUACAGGGGAGUGUGAGGAAGGGUCGGGACGAUGUUUGUGUCGCAAGGAAUACAUAGGCCUCUAUUGUGACAGUUGUGCCCCGGGAUACGAAGGUUACCCCACCUGUGUUCCCUGCCAGUGUCACAUGAACGGUACAGAUGGAGAGAUCUGUUCACUGGAGGGGGGCCAGCCCUGCCCCUGUAAGGAGAACUUUGUGGGUAACCGCUGCGACAUGUGUGCCUCAGGAUACUACAACUUCCCAGAAUGCACUCCGUGUGCCUGUGAGACAUCCACUGGGGGAUCCGCAGACAACAACUGUGAUGUGGAGACUGGGCAGUGUCCAUGCCAACUUAACUUUGCUGGCAAGGAGUGCAACCAGUGUGCCCAUGGCUAUUACAAUUACCCAGCAUGCACCUUGUGUGACUGUGACUCGUCGGGAACGUCGUCGGAGAUCUGUAACAAGACAACAGGCCAGUGUCUGUGUAAGGAGAACUUCAUGUUCCCUCGCUGUGACCGCUGUGCACCUGGUCACUAUAACUACCCCACGUGUCAAGAGUGUCAAUGUGCUGAGCCAGGCUCCAUUGAGAAGGUGUGUCGUGAGGAUGGUCAGUGUCCAUGUAAACCAAACUUUGGAGGGCGUACCUGUGGCAGGUGUCAUCCAGGCUUCUACCGCUACCCAGACUGUGCUUCUUGUAACUGUGACCGGUACGGAUCGUACGGAGAGACCUGUGAACAGUUGAGUGGACAGUGUGAGUGUCGCCCGACCUUCGACGGUCUGAGCUGUAGCAAGUGUAAGGAGGGAUUCUACAACUACCCCAUGUGUGAAGAGUGUAACUGUAACCCUGCUGGAGCCAAGGAGAUCCCGGGGUACCCCCUGGGAGGGUGUGGUGAGGUCAUCAAAGGUCAGCUGUGUGAGUGUAAGGAGCGUGUGAUGGGGAGGAUAUGUGAUCAGUGUAUGCCUGGCUACUUCAAUUUGGACAGAAACAACCCACUGGGCUGUGAAGAGUGCUCCUGCUAUGCCCCUGGUACUGUGGCGGGACUCAACAUGUGUCACGCAUCGUCGGGUCAGUGUACCUGUAAACUGGAUGUGGUCGGGCGGCGCUGUGACACCUGUGCCAGUGGAUUCUAUGGUCUGUCUGAGGCCAAUCCAUUUGGAUGUACAGAGUGUGAUUGUGACAGUGGUGGAUCCAUCAAUCUGAGGUGUGAGCAGAGAACGGGACAGUGCCCCUGUAAGCCGCGAGUGGGUGGCAGGCGGUGUGAUGUACCUGAGAGGAAUCACUUUUACCCUACCCUGCAGCAGUUCAAGUAUGAGAUAGAAGAUGGGCACACUCCGGAAGGAUCCAGAAUAAGAUACGGCUUUGAUGAGACAUUUUUUCCCAAUUUCUCCUGGAGAGGCUAUGCCAUUUUGACAGCUAUACAGCCUGAGGUUGAGAUGGACAUUGAGAUCAAGAAACCCAGUUUGUACCGCUUGAUUUACCGUUACGUCAACGUAAAUAACAACAUUCUGCGAGGACAGGUGAAGCUUAAACCACACAAUCCGACGGACGUCACCCAGAGCAGUGAGGUCUUCUUUCAGGUGACCACGGAGCCAAUGUUUGUAACCGUGGGCAGUGGAAGGGACUACGAAUUUGUCCUGAAUCCAGGUCGCUGGACUGUCUCCAUCAGCUCCCCCGAUAUCCUACUUCUGGACUACAUGGUACUAGUACCCGAUGCUUACUAUGAGGCCACAGUUUUGCAAGAGAAAGUUACUCGUCCAUGUAAAAUCCCUGGAGAUCAAGGGCCGUGUGUAUCGUAUGGGUAUCCUGACCUGGAGACGUUCCCCACUGUCAUUGGAGGAUCAGGAUUCGUUAUAGACCGUAACGGAAGCCAGAUCCCAACCCAGGUGUUCCCCAAUCAGAUCAUUCUGGAUGAGCUGGGAAUCCCCACUCUGGCCCAGCUGGACAAUAGCCAGCGGGAGUUGAACCUAAACCUGCGAGUUCCCCGGCCUGGAGAUUACGUGCUGGUGUUCAACUAUUUCGCCCUGUCCAACAGAUCCCAGGAACUAGACGUCGAGGCCGAUGUGGACGGACAGACGACCCUCGGCACUGUUCUCCUGUACAGCUGUAAAUACAGCGUGCUGUGUAGACAAGUGAUGAAGAACAUUGACGACAUGCCCUCCGUGAUCACCAUUAAUGACACCAUCAAUAUACGUGUUACAGGCGACCAGGAUGUGGAUGUGGCCAUCGGGUCGGUGGUUGCUAUCCCAUACGAUGAGUGGUCCCUUGGAUUCAUCCGACCUAGCAUCAUCUGUAUCCGCAUCAAUGGAAUAUGUGUUGUGUCGGGAUACACCAUUCCAUCCAGCGGUCUGAGAAUUGACUUUGAGGAUCCACCAAAUUCAAACCUAAUCGCCACCGUGGUGCCAAGUCACAUCACUGAGCAAGGACUUAUAGAACUCAACAACAUUAAUAGAGUGGUGGAACUGACAGGAAACAUCCGCACGCCCGGUCAGUAUGUGGUCCUGGUCCACUUCUACAUGCCCUCGACCGCCGGCGCUGACCUUCCCGUCACCUUGUUUACUGAGGGAUUCCCCCCAAUCACAGGGACCUUUAAGCCUCGUUUUUGCCCAAGUGUCUACGGCUGCCGGAGUCAGAUUGUGUUUGAUGGGACAGUCAGAAACGUGAUUUCUCUACAGCCCGGCAACUUUACGAUCAGGUUCAACAACACCAUGGGACGAAACAUGCUGUUGGAUUAUCUGAUGGUGAUACCAGUCAAGCAGUUUUCCCAGUCUGAUUUGAACCCACAACCUAUUGACAACUCGGCUCACUUCUUGAAGUGGUGUGUGGGGCCAGGAUUUGUUCUUGUGAAUGACACAGAGUUCUGUCAGUCAGGCGUGUACACACUGACCACGGACUUCAACAAUGGCGGCCUAGCCUGUGGCUGCGACACGGAUGGCUCGCUCAGCUUUGAGUGCUCCAACUUUGGAGGGCAGUGUCAGUGUCGAGACAACGUGAUUGGUCAGAAAUGUACUCAGUGUCGAGAGGGAUACUAUGGAUUCCCACGCUGUAAACCUUGCAACUGUCCCUAUGGAAUGUGCAGUCCCUUUUCCGGUGAAUGCAUGUGCCCCCCGCGGGUGACAGGAGAGCGAUGUAACACCUGUGUGCCCGCUACCUAUGGCUUUGAUCCUCUAGUGGGCUGUACUGACUGUAAAUGUAAUGCUGAGGGUGUUCUGAACCGGGACAUGAACUGUGACCAGACCACUGGACAGUGCACGUGUAAGGACAAUGUUGGGGGCCGUAAGUGUGACUACUGUCUGGCCGGCUUCUACUCCUUCCCAUACUGUUCUCCAUGCAGUAACUGUGACAGCCAGGGUACACAGGAAGAGAUCUGUGACGCAAGCAACGGAGCCUGUUUGUGUAAAGAGAAUGUAGCUGCCCCUGACUGUGAUGUGUGUGAACCAGGCAGUUUUAACCUUGACCCCAGGAACCCCAAGGGCUGCACCAAAUGUUUUUGUUUUGGGACCACGGCCAGGUGUGACAGUUCCACCCUGGUAUGGGGAACGCACAAGAACAUGCUAGGGUGGGCUGUCACCAACACAGUGGAGGGCUCCCUGAGAGAGUCGGAGACCAUCAUAGCUGUUCUGGAGUCAGACACCAAGAUCGUAGACCCGGACCAGGCCAUGUACUGGAUCGCCUCGGCCUCCUACCUCGGGGAUCAGCUCAAGUCCUAUGGAGGUAAACUGAAGUUUGAGGUGUAUUCAGUUGUUCCUAGAGAAAACGAGACAAGCCUGCCUAGUGGACCUGACAUCAUCCUACAGGGAGGAAAUAUGACCUUACAUCACAUAUACCAGUCAAAGCCAGAACCCACCACAACCUACCCAGUGGAGAUUACACUGAACGAGUACAAUUUUGUGCGUGGGGAGGAUGGACUCCCAGUGUCGAGGGAGACCUUCAUGAUGAUACUGGUGGACAUCACAGCCAUACAUAUCCGGGCCAACUAUUUCUCCCCCACAACUGAAGUCAGGCUGAUGAAUGUAGAGCUGGAGCAGGCAGUGGAGAGACAGGGUGAAGGGACCCCAGAGAACAAGGACGAUGGAGGUGGCUCCUGGUUUGGGGAUUGGUUUGGUGGUGGAGAACAGACCACCCCUGCCCCCCUCCCCACCGCCAUCAGUGUGGAGCAGUGUCAGUGUCCCAUGGGAUACAUAGGGUCCAGCUGUCAGGACUGUGCCCCAGGCUACUAUCGGUCAUCCAAGAGCCCGUAUCGCGGGGUCUGUAUCCCUUGUAGCUGUAAUGGCCAUGCUGACUCGUGCGAUACCGAGACAGGCGAAUGUCUGAACUGUAGAGACAACACAAUGGGAAAACACUGCGAGGAAUGCUUACCUGGUUACUAUGGUGAUGCCUUGACUGGUGUCUGUCAGAUUUGUAGCUGUCCAUUGCCCAUAGAAAGUAACAACUUUGCCUCUGGGUGUAAUGUGUACGAGGGGAGCGUGUACUCCUGUGACUGCCUGCCCGGGUACACCGGAUCACGAUGUGAACAGUGUGCCCCUGGUUACUAUGGAGACCCAACUCAAGAAGGAGAAGUAUGUCGCCCGUGCCAGUGUUCGGGUAACAUUGAUAUGUCUGACCCCGAGGCGUGCAGCCUGUCCACUGGGGAGUGUCUUAAGUGUCUCAACAACACCAUGGGACCCGGAUGUGCCUAUUGUGAGGACUGGUACCAUGGAGACGCAGUAACCCUCAAAAACUGCCAAGCCUGUACAUGUGACCAGUGUGGUUCUGUGUCAUGUGACCGUGACUUGGGAUCCUGCCAAUGUCAGCCAAAUGUGGAAGGUCUGAACUGUGACAGAUGCAAGCCUGACACGUAUGGAUUUGAUAGCUGUGCUGGAUGUCGGGAUUGUAACUGUGGUCUCGCUUCAGUGAGCACACAGUGUGACAGCAUUACGGGUCAGUGCACGUGUAUGCCAGGAACAGAAGGCAAUUACUGUGACCAGUGUUCUGAGGGAUUCUGGAACUACACAGCUGCUGGCUGUCAAGUGUGUGAGUGUGAGGAGGAUGGAGCCAUCACAUGUGACAGAGUCACCGGCCGGUGUCAGUGUCUUCCAGGGGUCACAGGAGACCGCUGUGACAGGUGUCUCCCAAGAUACAUCCUGGUCCCCAACAAAGGAUGUCAAGCCUGUGACAGCUGUGUUCACAUCCUGCUGGAUGAUGUGGAGGCCUUACAGAGGAGCACCACCAACCUGUCCACCACCCUGGAGUCUGUGUCCGUCGGCAUGUCCGCCAACAACCGUCUUGAGGAAAUCAACCAGGCAGCCAUCAACCUCAGGCCUGAAGUGGAUGCACUGUUAGCUGGACCACAAGACAUCUCCCUGGAACCACUAUCUAAGGAACUCUCAGAGGUUCAAACUCUGGCAGAUGAUGGCAAGCUUCAGUCGGACAGGCUGAAGACUAGGGGUCUAUUCCUGACAGAUGAGUCCAAGGAUCUCCUGACCGCUGCAGACAACAUUGAGGCCAAGACGGCGGAAGUAAAGCGCGAGGCUGACGAAGUUGUGCAGUAUGCAGAGAACAUCUUGAAGCAGAUCUAUGAAGGAAUCAAGAUCGCCAACAUUGACACUGCCAUUCAGGACUCGAGAAGGGUCCUCGACCAGAUCAAGUCGGCCAACUUUAGCGGCAAUGCUGAGGAGUGUACUACAGAGGAGGCGCUAGCCAAAGAAUUGCUGGCACAAAUGAGCUUCUGGUUUGCCAGUGAACAGUCCAACAGUUCUAGAGAAACCCUGAAGGAGGCAGAAGAUAUCAUAAUGAGGCUGUACGAUCUCCAGAGUAACGCUAGGAACUCGGACAGGGAAGCAGACUCAGCUCAGGACCUCGUUAAUGACCUCAAUCAACAGACAAUGAGCAUACUCAAGGUGAGACUGGGGACCCUGGAUAUGUCAGAGAAGGACGUCCAGAUGCUGCAUUCCAUGUCAGACAACCUACUGAUGGAUGCGCGGGAAGCCCUGGGUGUGUCUAGUGAUGCAGCUUACGAAGCUGAGACCCGAGCCUCACAGAUCGAUGCAGCUGUCGGAAGGAUGCGUGAUUUUGUGGGCAAUCUGACCAGUGGUCUGGAGGAAGCCAUCGUCAAGGUCAACGAAAGUCAGGAGCGUGCCCAGUCCCUGUCCGAGCAGGCUCAGUUCCUGGAAAAUAUCUACACAGACACGAGGGAGACUUCUGCCAAUGCUCUUAAUGCUGCCAGUGCUUUCCAAGGAAUUGUGGACGCCAUUGAUGAUGCUAAUAAUGCUUCCCGUGUAGCUCUUGAAGCUGCAAAUGAAGCCCAAGGAAAGUCUAAUGGUGUAGGAGAGAGUUCCCAGAAUUCCAAGGGGAACAGCACAGCUUUACUGGAGUCAGCUAUAACUCGUCUGGACAGGACAGAAGUGGAGUUGUCAGAGAGAUUGCGUGAAGCCAAACUGAGUACAGACGAUGUGGAGACAAUGAAUGAUGAAAUCAGCCGCGGAAUGAAUGACCUUAAGUUCCAAAUCCAGGAACUCGGCAGAUAUGAGUUUGAAAACAGAACAAGAGAUGCGGGCAUUCGAGCGACUGCAGCCGGGCAGCGUGCUCUGGAUGCCCAGGAGAAAGUGGGCACAAUUCUAGCCAAGCUUCCGGAGGACAAAAACAAGAUAGACAGACUGGCCAACACUGUCGCUAAGACAGACAAGAACAUUGCUGAUGCCACCAGUCAAGGUGAUUUUGUGAGGGACAACCUGCCUGAGGUGAUCACACAGAUCAACCUUCUGGGUCAACGGAAAGAGGCCGUGGAGGCACUGAGAGAUGGAGUUUACACCAACCUGAGUCGACUCCGAGAACAGAUUGAGCUGGCUCGAGACGCUGCCAACAGGAUCCGUGUCGGUCUGGAGUUUGUUGGAAACACAACAGCCACACUGAGAAAUCCAGCCAAUAUUGAGUCUGCUGGCUCCUACUCCACUCUCUCCAUGUAUGUACAGACUCGCCAGAAGAGGGCACUGCUUGGCUACGUUGGAGCGGACAUGAUGCCAAACCGAGUCACACCCGACUACAUGUCUCUAGAACUAAGAGACGGACGCCCAGUCCUGCGUUACAACCUUGGAUCUGAUCCAGCGGAAAUCGUCUCCAAUAUGGACGUCUCUGAUGGCAAAUGGUACCUGAUCAAGGCCAAAAGGAUUGGGAAGUCUGGAGAGUUAGAGGUCAUAGGAGAUGGAGACAGCAACAAUGAUAAAGUGACGGGAGAGUCCGGCGGAACCUUCACUGUCCUAGAGCUGAACCCCCAGACCACCAAGUUCUACGUGGGUGGGGUCCCCAGCGACGUCAGGUUACCUCGCCCUGUGGAUUCCACGUACUAUAAUGGUGCUAUGGAAGAGGUGAUGUUUGAUGGGAAACCAUUGGGAUUGUGGAACUUUGUGGCAGGAGAAAACAACUUCAAAGGAGCCAUUGAAAGAGAUGUCAUGAAAUCAGUUGUAUCCAAUGGCUUCCGAUUCAAUGGCAAAGGUUACGUGAGGCUGAGCGCUUCCAAGGUCAACUUCAAACCGGCUAAAGAAUCGAACAUCAUCCUGAGCUUCAAGACCUACGCUGAAAAUGGACUGAUCUUCUUCAUGGGCAAGAACCGUGACUUCAUGUCGCUGGAGAUGAAGGAGGGUCACGUAUUGUUCCAGUACGACCUUGGGGGCAUGCCGGCCAAACUGAUCACCCCAGGGACGUACAACGACGGGAAUUGGCACACGAUCCAGGCCCAGAGACAGGAGAGGUUCGGGGUGCUCAAGGUGGACAAUGGAGACGCCAUACAAGGCCAGUCUCCGGGAUCACUGACUGAACUUAGCUACACAGACGACAUUUUCAUUGGAGGAUACAACCGACUCUUUGUUCCUGUUGGUAAUGUGGAAUCCCGAGGUUUUGAUGGCUGUGUACAGGACCUUCAGUUCAACAUCAACAAAUGGGAUCUGAACAAGAAUGAGGCGGCCAAGGGCGUAGUCCGGGGAUGUCCUGAACAGAUCUUGAGAACUGCCACAUUUGACCAGGAAAGGCGUGGGUUCAUCUCCAAGGAGCUGGCAGCCAGUGUGGGUACCAACUUUGAUGUGACCUUCAGAAUUAAGACACUGUCCAACGCCAGCAUGAUUCUGUACACAUCUAACAACGACCAGACAUCUGGAUUCUCCGUGGCUAUUUUGAGAGGUCGUCUGGUGGUAACCUCUGACCCUGGUGGUGCCCCCCUGGCUCUGGAAAGCACAGUCAAUACAUACAAUGAUGGAAACUGGCACUAUGUGUCCAUAAUGAAAAUGGGAGCAAAGCUGAUGAUGAAUAUAGAUGACCAGGAAAUGGUGGAUAAGACGGGAAGAUCGGGCACAGAUGUAUUCACGGAGCGCCCUCUUUACAUUGGAGGCACCGACUUCACCAUGUCAGAAAGACUGGUAGCAUCCACUGCCAGAUUCUCCGGCUGUAUGUCUGAUUUCACAAUCAACGGAAAUUUCUUAAAUUUUGCCACCAUUCCACGCCAGAAUGUGCGAGAUGUCUCAUUCAGUGAAUGUCCUAUAGAGGAUACAGAGAUUAGUGUUACCACGACAACAGUUCUACCAACAUUCCCCACUGACACUGAGGAGUCAACUAAGGAAGUGACAGUGGCUCCAGAGGAGAAGUGUCGCCUGCCGUCAAAUGUUGACGUCGAGACGAUCAGUCCAGGAGACGUGGAGGGCUUCAAGUUUGGUGACACGCUGACGAGCCGCCACGAGUAUGUGGGCUGGAAGAGUCUGAGAGUCAAGGCCAAUAUAGAGAUAGAGUUUAAGACAACAAGCAGUGGAGGAAUUAUGUUGUAUGCCACAGACAGACGAAAGACAGACUUCAUUUCCCUUAUCAUGAAAGACGGCCAUCUUGUUUUCUCUUUCAACUGUGGCUCUGGGGCCCUGAAUCUUGAAACUGACCAAAAAUACAAUGACGGCAAAUGGCAUACCGUGGAGUUUGGAAGAAAUCAGAAGACAGGGAAGAUCUCUGUGGAUGGGGGCACAGCUAAAGUGGGAACUUCUCCUGGUCCAACACAGUCGCUGAACCUCCGAAAGCCAUUCUUUGUGGGUGGGAUUAAUCCAGACCUAUCCUCUAACGACAAAGUCAAGAAACACUUACAGGGUGUACUAGGCAGUUUUGAGGGAUGUAUGCGUAACAUGGAACAGAACUACGAGACCUUUGGUCAGCCUAAUGCGACACAGAAGGUCAGCUCUUGUGUGGCCAAUCUGGAGAGGGGAACCUUCUUCAACGACCAGGGAGGCUACAUCACUCUGUAUGAUAAGUACUAUGUGGGUCUGGACUUUGCUUUUAACCUGGAUAUCAGACCCAGGAACUUGAGCGGGGUCAUCCUUGCAAUCUAUGAUCCAGCCGAAAAAGGAGACUACAUCUUCCUUCAACUUGUGGAUGGAAAGGUUGUUGCUACAGCUGACAAUGGACAAGGGGAGGUCAAGACGGAAUACACGCCUCGGGAGGAAAAUGCACUGUGUGACGGUGAAUGGCACAGUAUCAGUGUAAACAAGGCCAAGAAUGUUCUGUUAUUGACGGUGGAUGGGAACAACGCCCCCGCGGGAACAGGCGCGGUGGGAUCCUCCGAGAUCAACACCAAUGAUCCUAUGUAUAUAGGAGGAGUCCCAGAUUUUACCAGGACAGGAAUAUUGACUGACAGGAACUUUUCUGGAUGUAUUCGUAAUUUUGAGAUCAGGCGUGGUAAAGGAGAACUGUACAAAGCCCAAUACUUGUCAUCAGGGGACAUCACUGGGGAUGUUACUCUGAACAAAUGUCCACGGAACUAAACUCUAGAUAUAAGACAGCCAUGUGCAAUAAACCUUAAUGAACGUUUAGUUUGAAACAGGGUAUAAUUUUUAUUUCAGUGAAAUGUAAAAUCAAAAUCCAGUUUGAAAUCCUCAUAUACAAUAUACAUAUAUGAGCAUGCAAAAGAACAUUUGCUACAGAGAAACGUUUUAAUGGACCCUUCCCACCUUCCUCUGUUUCAAAAGUAAAAAUUUGUUGUACAUUGGACCUUCAUUUACCGGUACAUAAUUUUUAUUUUGAUAGCCCUCAAAAAGUUAAAACUUGUCUUUUUGCUAAUGCAGAAUUAUCUUAGAGAACUUGAAAUGUUUUCACACAUAAUUUAAAUUUUAUAAAUGAUGAUAAGGUAUCAUAAAACCUCUUUCAUCCAUUUUCAAUACAAAAAAACUUAAUGAAAUUUCCCUUCAAAGAAUCUUUGUAGCAGCUGUUUUUUUUAUGAUUCAAAAAUGUUUAUUGUUAAAUUGUUACAUAAGAUUGACAGCUCUUUUUAUGUAAAACAUGUCAAAUUUUAAUUGGAAUUAUUUUAUUUAAAAUUUUUAACAAUAAAUCUUUUUAAUCCAUUUUGACUGUUUUUUUUUAAUGUAAUACAUGUCAAAAUGUCUAUCAGAUUUAUUUUAUUUCAAUUUUUUGUUAAAAACUUGUUUCCCCACACAUGUUUGAUGUUUUUACAGUGCUUAAUUUGAUUCAAAUAACUUUUAAGAGACCAUGAAGUUGUUUGAACUGUCUUUCUUUCAUUCUGUUAUUUCAAUGUUGACAAUAAACAUCAUCUCUUUUAGAAGAGUCAUUUUAAUUCCAAUUUAAUAAUGUCAACCUUUUUUGUAAAUCAGUUAUUUUGUCAUCGGCCAAUUAUAUUUGUUUCAAUUUCAAUGCAUACCACAAUUCCUUGUACGAAGUGUGUUUUUAUCUUCUUAAAGUCACAGAUAACGAUUAUUCUAUUUUUUGGACCUAAAAAACUUGGCAGCACUCUUCUAAAAGAUAUGAUAUUCAACUGUAUUUGGCCUUAUUCCAUUUUCAUGUUUUUGUACAUUUGAAUUGUUAAUUUGUGAUCAAUAACUUAAUUAAUUGUACAAAAAUAUUAAAAGUAGGAAUCUUUAA